UUUUGUUUUCUUAUACAUGGCGAGGAAGCCUUGGUCUGGUCUAAGUUUUACCCGACGUCCGAUCUUCCUCUUCUUUUUGAUUUUGUCCCCUUUCGUCAGUCUAUCUCGGGCACACAUGCCAGAUUAAUUACGUCUCGUCUCCGCGUUUUCUAACCCCCACACCUCCCCCCUUUAUUGGUUUUAUUGUUUUGUUUGCUACUUUACUCGAUUCCAUAAACAGUCUCUCAUAUGCACCGGCUGCCAGCUUUGUUGUCUUUUCACGGUUUUUUUUUUGUUCAAUAGAAGCAAAGCAGUCAAAACUGCUUUAAUCAUUCCUUUGUAUGCAUACAUUUAUUUACCUACCUAGGCUAGACGCUUUGACUUUUUAAUUUCCACAGCCUGAGUUCCAAAGAGAAAUCAGAGUCAACCCUUGAAAGACCAAAUCAAUUUGAUCGACAAAACCCGCCCGAACCAACCCGCCUUCCUAUUGACCGAGGGUCUCUCCAACGAGCCGAGCCGUUCCGGCUCCAACUAGCCAAGAUGCUCGAUAUUCUUCACGUAACACCGACCAGGUCCAAUGCCAAUGUUCCGUCUUCCGCCAAACCGCAUCCCGACCCCACACGGCCCCAGAAGUCCUCGGCAUCCGAGCCGACAUCGGCAAAAGCACAGCAGACGCACUACGACAGACCGCCGCGAUCUGGACCGAAUACAGUCGUCACCGUCCUAGAUAGAGCAGCCAAGCUCGCUUUAGGUUGUCGAGAUGUUGUCUACUCAUCCCUCCGGACCGAGACGGCGGCGUUCAAGAAGCGGAGGCGCGAAUUGGAAUCUCUUAUGAACAAUGCUACUUCUUAUGAGGAAUGGGAAACUGCCGCUCGAGCCCUCGACAAGUUCAUGGGUAACGACCUCUGGAAGGACCGGCUUGGUUCGGGUGAAUACUGCGUCAUGGAGCUCCUCGAUAACAUGAGAAGGCUAGACGAAGCUACGCAAAAGCGCAACUUCUGCGAGCUACUUUUCCUGAUAAGAACGACACUUUCACGAGAUCUCGGCGGCAUGGGAAGCUCUGCCCUGUACAGGCAUUCUCACACCGGUACCAAGACAAUCAUCCAACGAUAUGUCCAGUCGGCCACCAGAGCAAUCGAAACAAUGGUGGAGCUGGCGGGCUCCGCCGCAUCGAGGGGAGGCAUGGGACUGCCCAAGGUGCUGCAGGAGCUGGAGCACACAAGAAGGCAUUUCGGCCGUAGUGCGCUGAUGCUGAGUGGCGGCGCCACCUAUGGAAUGACGCACAUCGGCGUGAUCAAGGCUCUUUUUGAACAAAACUUAUUGCCGCGCAUAGUCUCCGGCGCAUCUGCGGGCUCCAUCGUUUGCGCGGUGCUGUGCACGCACACCGAUGAAGAUCUGCCGCGGAUCAUCAAGGAGUUUCCAUAUGGAGAGCUUGACGUGUUUGAGGAGCAAGGUCGACAAGUGAGCAUAGCGAAGAGGCUUUGGAAACUGUUGACGGAAUGGUAUUGGUACGAUGAAACAAACCUCGUCAGGGUCAUGCGCAACCUGAUCGGCGAUGUUACGUUCCGCGAGGCCUACAAUCGUACCCGCAGGAUAUGCAACAUUACGGUAUCGAUAGCCAACAACAUCGAACUUCCUCGACUCCUCAACUACCGGACAUCGCCCGAUGUCAUGAUCUGGUCUGCUGUUGCCGUCUCUUGUUCGGUCCCGGGUCUUUUCAAAGCCUCGAGCCUAAUGAUAAAAGAUCCCAAAACGGGAGAGCAGUCUCGAUGGUUUCCAUCGCCCCAGAGAUGGAUAGAUGGCUCUAUCGACAACGACCUGCCCACCACUAGGCUGGCCGAGAUGUUCGCCGUUAACCACUUUAUAGUGUCCCAAGUCAAUCCUCAUGUAGUUCCGUUUCUCGAGCGGGACGACGUUAUCCUCGAGCCCGAGGAACGAGAGUCGACCCUUUCAACGAGUUUCAAGCCUUCAGUGCUCAUCAAGAACAUAUUCUCAGAAAUCACAAGUAUGGCCACGGAGGAGUUAUUGUAUAGAUUGACCGUGGUCGCGGAAAAUACUGGACCCAUGUCGAAUAUUUUGACCAAAGUGUGCAGCAUCCUGAGCCAACAGUACUCGGGAGACAUCACAAUCAUCCCCAAGAUAGAAUGGGGCGACAUGGCUCAUCUCGUUACUAACCCUACGAGCGAGUUUAUGCUUAAGUCUUGCCUGAUCGGUGAAAGAGGAACAUGGCCGAAGCUGCGACGCAUACGGGACCACUGUGCAAUCGAGCUGUGUCUCGACAGGGCGAUAACGGACUUGAUGACGCUGGCUGCCUUCAGCCCCAGCCAAGUCAACCUCCGUCGUUCCUUGGGUCUUCACUCUGGCGAUGUUGGACAACCGGUCAACCGACUGCAUCACCGAGAGCGUCGACCAUCGGACAGUAACAUACACAUGAUCAUGAGACAGCGCCAGAACAAUCUGGAGCUGGAGCAACUACUCAGCGAAAACGAAUGGCGCCUCGAGAGCACGUCGGAAUCCGACGACGAGGACGAAGACGGCGGUGUAAUGCUCAAGGUGGACAACCGCCCACGACGGCGCAAGACUUCAUCCGGAGCGGGUGCGGCUCAAAAUCCCGAGGACCGCCCUCGAAAACCCGUCCUACGGCGUGCGGCCCGCAGCCACCAGGCGCUGCAUUUCAAAGCGCUGGCUCGACUAUCGUCGCCAAUGGCCAACCCUCUGACGAAGGAUCUGGACGAUUUGGAUGGGGUCACCAUGGGCUUGUCAACCUCACGAUCUGGGACUCCCGGAGACCUGAACUCGCCCACUUCGACAACAAGCUCACAUAGCCCGCGAUUUAUGGAGGCGGUCCGAAAGACGUCCUUGGGGAAAUCGCCAUUUGCUCGAACCGAAAUCCCGUCUUCGCCAGCCGAUGAUACCCUGAUCGACUCGGCAUCUGACGCAGACUCGCUACCCUCGGGCCUUGGUAACGCCUUGGAUUCGGCCGCGGAGGACAACGUGCAGGAUAACUGUUCACCAGAGGUCCUCGACCAGACUCGAUUGUGCCAAGAGCCAGAGGCGACGCGGGAAGUCGACGACAACGGUCUCACCAGUUGACUAGUGGACGAGGGCCUGAGCUCAUCCGGCAGCGACACGGAGCGUGCCGGGCGCCGAUCACCGAACACCACUGCCUCUGAGCAAGGUCCUCUAAGUACGAGCGACGUGGGUGAAGCAGAAGGAGUGAAUGACUACAGGUCACUGUGGAUGGGUUGGUAAUAGUGGUGCAAAGACACUACUAGAAUGGGAUUCCGGGGAGCUCUCACUUGAAGAAUUGCGAUUGUAAAGAUGACACUGUUAUGGACAUUACGGCGCUCGCGGAACGGUCUGAAUUUUGGUCUCCAAUAGGUUCAUUGGAGGCAUUGCUCGGUGGUAUUUUUGAAUAAACUAGACGUAGCCUUCCAGCACCAUGGCAGGUGUUGAAUGAAUGUCCAAGAUAAAUCUAGAUGAGUUAGAGACCGAUUCACGAAUAUUACCG